AUGAAUUGCCUGCCCAAGGAUAUGAUUGAAGAGUCGGCCUCUGUCGUACUUCCUGACAAACACUUUUUGAAUAACCUUGAGGAAAAUGCCGAUGAGGGCGGCCAGAUGAUGCACCGGGAUGGCGGCAAGGUAGCCAAUGUAUUUUCCAAGCAAAUGCCUCCCAAUGCUUCUGAUCCCAAAUUCGUCGAUUCCUUGAUUGCCUCUCAAAUGGCCAAGCUAUCAGUCGCUGAUCGAGAAAAGGCAUACAUGGACGUUCACGGGAUCCCAGACCUUGUGGAAGAAACCCCAGAACUGGUUCAGAAGAGUUUGUUGCUACUCCAAAAUGAGAUUGAUUUGUUAUCCGCAAAGGAAGCCUACAAUAUUGCCGAACGGCUGGAUCCAGAUUACGUCCGGGAUCGAGACUUCUGCCUCGCCUUUCUUCGAUGCGAGAAGUUUGAUUGUCAAAAGGCAGCUCUGCGGAUCAUACGACAUUUUCAGACGAAACUGGAUUUAUUUGGUGAGGAUAAGCUUGCGAUGGACAUUGCCCAAGACGAUUUGGAUAUGGACGACAUGGAUGCUUUGUACAGUGCCUCUGGCCGUUUUCUGAAUGCAUAUGAUAGCGGGGGUAGGGUUAUCAAUUUUAUAACGGGAGUACCGAAAGUGUACGAGUCAAGAGCGUUUUACAAUAUAAUGGUGGCUUUUCGCCACAACGCCGAGGUACAACGGCGUGGAGCAGUUACUGUCGGCUGGAAUGCUGGUGGUGUGAAAGGGACAAGCUGGGACAAUGCUGAUCUCAACUGGAAACUACCAAAGUUGCAUGAAGCAACUCCUAUGCGGACAUCUGCAGCCCACGGUUGCUACACCGAUGAGGAUUGGAAAGAAAAACUUGCGGUAAUUACUAUGGGUUUCAACAAGCAGGUCCAAGUGAGAGUCCGAAUUCAUUAUGGCACCGUCCAAGAGUGCCUGCAACACUUACGGCGACAUGGUAUCGACCCAGCUUGCAUCCCAGUCAACGAAAAAGGCCAAAGCACAGACCAUUUGGAAUAUUGUCUUCGACUGGAGCAACAGCGGAAACAUGAGCGUCUGAACUAUCCCCUUCGGCAUAGCAUCGGAGUUCCCUUUCCGCAAGAUGUGCUUCUCGGCAAAGGCACUCCCUUUCAGAAUCACCCAGGUAAUUCGAACCUUCGGCAGGUGGUCUCGGACCGAUACAAGGAGUAUGAAAAGGCCCAAAAAGGUUUAAAGAAGGUUAUUGCUAAAGAAAUCGUUGAUGCCAUCAGAGGCAACGGAGGCCUAUUUCUCAAGCAAGACGGGAAGAAAUGGAUCCCAGUCAACGGUGAAGUAGCGGUGUUGAAAGUCAGCGCUGCUUUUCGAACUUUACGGCGUAAGGGCUGGGUAACAUAG